AUGCAAGAGAACCAGAUUCCAGGAACGACUAGCAGCGGAUUCAUUAAAGGCACCAAAGCAAAGAUGCUGGCAUCACAUUAUGCCUCAGUGCAUACCCCAGCCUCCAGCACGCUGGCACAUCUACUGGACGCUGACACUGCACUAAACUGGGCCCCAUUUACCAUCGGAGGGGUGGCCCUGGAGCUGCGUCGACUAAAGGUUCACCAGUCACCUGGACCCGAUGGUGUGCAUCCGCUGAUCCUGAAGGAGCUGGCAGAUGAACUUCCAGCUCCACUGUGCAACCUGUUCAAUCUGUCAUUCACUCAAGGGCGUUUGCCGCGGCAGUGGAAGAACGCUGUCAUUGUUCCACUGCCCAAAGUUGGGGAUAGGAGUGACCCUUAG